AUGGUGCUAGAUUGGGGAAAUCAGAGCUCUGUGACCACAUUCAUCCUUUUGGGCUUCUCAGAAUACCAACACCUCCAGCUACCCCUCUUCCUGGGAUUCUUGACCAUCUACACAGUGACGCUGAUGGGGAACCUAGGCAUAAUUGUAGUCAUAAGAAUCAGUCCCAAACUACACACACCCAUGUACUUUUUCCUCAGCCACCUGUCUUUUUUGGAUAUUUGUUAUUCCAGUGUAUUUACACCCAAACUACUAGAAAUUUUGGUUGUUGAAAUCAGAAGUAUCUCUUACAAUGAAUGUAUGAUACAAUUUUUCUUUGUUUGCGCAUUUGUGAUAACAGAAAUGUUCAUGCUAGCGGUGAUGGCCUAUGACCAAUUUGUGGCUGUUUGUAACCCUUUGCUCUACACAGUGGCUAUGUCUCAUAAACUCUGUGCCCUCCUGGUGGCUGUGACCUACACAUGGGGUGGAAUCUGUUCCCUGACACUCACAUAUUUUCUUAUGGAACUAUCCUUCUGUGGCUCAAAUAUCAUAAAUCACUUUGGCUGUGAGUAUUCUGCCAUUCUCUCUCUCUCCUGCUCUGACCCUUCCUUCAGCCAGAUGGCGUGUUUAAUUAUUUCUACAUUCAAUGAAAUUUGUAGCCUCUUGAUUAUUCUCAUGUCCUACAUUUUCAUCAUUGUGACUAUCAUCAAGAUGCCUUCUUCAGGGGGACUCCGUAAAGCCUUCUCCACUUGUGCCUCCCACCUGACUGCCAUCACCAUCUUCCAUGGAACCAUCCUUCUGCUCUACUGUGUGCCCAACUCCAAAAGCUCAUGGCUCCUGGUCAAAGUGGCCACUGUAUUUUUUACUGUCAUGAUCCCCAUGCUGAACCCCUUAAUCUACAGCCUUAGGAACAAAGAUGUGAAGGAGACAGUCAGGAAAUUAAUCAUCACCAAACUAUUUUCUCACUCAAUGUAA